AGAGAAAGAUCAGCCAUGAUUGAAUAGUGGAGUAGACUUGAUGGGCUGAAUGCCCUAAUUCUGCUCCUAUCAUUUAUGACCUUAUGAUCACUAUUGUAAAAAUAAUGGAAAAUCAUUUUCAUGCAGAGGUGUGAAAUACAACAAUUAUUUCAUGGAAAUGACAAGACUGGGAAUAGGGUUAACCUCUUUAUAUUAUAGUUCGCUGGGAGACUGUGGGGAAUUUCUGACACUUGCCAUUAUACAAGGACAAGAGGGCAAGUUCCUGUGAAAAAAUGUUUUGCUGUGAACACAAGCAACACUGCUUUAAGGCUAGUGACAUUUCAAUUCUCUGGUGGAAUUUGUGGAAUGUCUGUUCACAGAAGGUCUAUUGAAGACAGGGCUCGAAAACUGAUUGUCUAAAUCUUCUGCUAUCAGCACAGCCCUUCCAGCAGGAUGGCACUGUGAUUCUCUGCAGCUCUUUAUCCUAAUUGGUACAUCGCCAUGAAUAGGGACAUCUGCCAGUUAAAGUUAGAGGCAAAUUGCAGGAAUUACCCAUUCCCUAACAUUGGUGCUGGUGAUUCACAAAAGUCAGUCCUGAUUUCAGGGAAAUUUAAAUUAUUGUGGGGCUAGAUGUGCUGAAAUAAGAUCAAUAAAUCACACCUGUUGUAAUUCAUUUAUUAUUUUUUGACACAGUUUUUCACACUGAAGAUUGAAGUGAAAGAUGAUGGAAUCCCAGCUCCACAACACUCUUGCAAGGGAACUUUGACCAUCGUUGUUAAUGACUUGAAUGAUGAAGUGCCUAUAUUUACACCCAUCUCCUCGGAUACAAUAAAUGCACAAGAGGAAAUGCUCAUUGGAACUCUGCUGGGGAAGGUGGAAGCUUCUGACUUGGAUGAGAAUGACAAUCUUUAUUUUGAGUUUAUUGAUAACCAAUCUCUUUUCAUUUUGGGCAAUGACUCUGGCGAUAUUAUUCUCCAGAGCCGGCUGGACUACGACAGCCCCGAUGCUGCACAAGUCCACUUCUUGUCCAUCAGAGCAUAUGAUAACAAUCGGACGCACUCGGCCACAUACACGCUGACAGUCGCCGUGGUCAAUGUCGAUGAAGCACCAGACUGUGACCCUGCAUUCACUAUGGGAGCAGGUGUUUCACUUUCUAUUCCUGAGAAUUUUCCAACUUCAGCAUCAGUAUAUCAGUUACUUGCUGCUGAUCCGGAUAUCAAUGAUUCUGUUAAAUACACUAUAACGGAUGCAACUGCAGGAGCUACACAGUACUUCAUCCUGGAUUCAAGCAGUGGACUGAUUUCAAGAACUUCCAUCUCACCUUUAGAUUAUGAAGCUGGCAUCAAGAGAUUUCAGAUGGAAAUUGAGAUUGCUGAAGCUGGAAAGAGCAGCCCCAAGUCUUGCACUGGCUCUGUUACAAUUAACCUUGAAAAUGUCAAUGAUGAGCCACCAAUAUUCCUGCCAAUAUCACCAAACCCACUCAUUAUUGAUGAGAAUCUGCCCUGGAAAACAUUCUUAAUAAAAGUUAAUGCCACGGACAAGGAUGAAAAUGAUGUCAUUUAUUAUGAAUUUGUAAAGACUCAUGCUGGCUUCCUGAUUGAAGAAGACACUGGCGAGAUCAAAAUAGCUUCCUUGGUAGAUUAUGAUGAUAUCAAUACACUCACUACCUCAAUAUUGGAAAUAAGAGCAUAUGAUUCUGACAGAGUGCAUUCCUCCACCUCUACACUUACCAUCAAUAUUGCUGAUGUCAAUGAUAACCCUCCACAGUGUUCCCGGUACAUCUUCAUCAUGGAGCUUGCUGAGACCUCCCCAGAGGGCACUCCAGUUGUGUCGCUAAACUGCUGGGAUAAUGACAGAACAGUAGUAAAUAAUAUCUUGAAUUACAGCAUGGUGCUUGACUCAUAUUCAACAGGAAGGUUUAACAUCAGUGGAAAUGAAAUUACUGUCGGGUCUUCGCUUCUGCAGUAUGAUGUUAGCUCAUUCGCUGCUGUUCAUUUUCAACACUUGAUAAUUGUUAAGAUAACGGAUAAUGGCAAGCCUCAAUUGACAAGUACGGCCAGAGUUAUAGUGAAGGUCACACCAGUGAAUGAGAGGAGUCCUGUGUCACAAUCUCGAACAUUUAAUAUCUUUGAAGACAGCCCUAUUGGGGCUCUCAUUGGAACAGCGAUGUUUACAGAUGGUGACCUUCCGGCGGACAAGAUUAAAUAUUCUAUUGUAGGAGGCAACAGUGAAAUCCCACCUAGGUUUUACAUUGAAUCCGACUCGGGUCGGAUUAGACUUCUAAGUUCUUUGGAUAGUGAAAAGCAAGGGACUUAUAUCCUAACUGUCAAAGCAACAGACAUGAAUAAUGAUCUUCAACUCGACCCACUGAGGCAGAGAAGCAGCUCAGCCCUAGUGACUGUCAAUGUGUUGAACGUGAACGAUGAGCCUCCAGUGUGUAACCCGGAAUACUACGAGAGCACCAUCUACUCCACCAUCACCACCCCCUUUGUCCAGUUGCAGUGCUCGGAUGGAGACUCUCCUGAUGAUGAACUCAGCUAUUCAAUCGUGGGAGAAAAUGCAGAAGAUCUCUUUGAGCUUCAGAGGGCAGGCAACAAUCCUCCGGCAGUGGCCUCCACUCAGCGGUUUCAGUUUGGCACGUUUGAAGGAAUUGAGCACUCCAAGGAGUACACCUUGCUGAUCCAAGUGACGGAUGAGUUUGGCAAAGACAAACACCAGCAGCUCUCGUCCACAGUGACGGUGGUGAUACACGUGGUGCCAUGGACAACCACACAGCCGACCACAACUACCACCACGCAGUUCACCACCAGCGUGCUGUCACUAACCUCCGCCUACUGGGCUCCUGAGAGUUGGUUUGUGGCACUGAUGACCCUGGCUGCAGCAGUGACAGUGCUAGUUGUCUUUGGAAUAGCCUGGGCCUGUAUCACAAGGACAUCACCGGCCCCAAACGAGCUGAGAUCUAUCCUAAGGCCAUGAUCCACCUCCGCCACAACCAGAGGAAAUAAUGAGAUCGGGCUGCGGAAAUGGAUGUAAAGGAUAGAAAACAAGGGGAAUUACUGGAUGCCAAGAACAAUGUGAAAGUGGAUGUGAAUAUAUUUCUGAAAGAUUUUAUGAUGUAUUGAUAAUUUAGUUUCUAUGUCCAAGUUUGAUGCAAUAACAGAUUUCAUUAAAAAACGAGAAUAA